AAAUCGCAAAGUCGAGGAUGUAUUGUAUUUCUCUUCUUUAGUGAUAGCUAUGAUACAUUGAAUAACUGUAAAAAAUCAAUUGGAAAAAACGCGUCAAACAUUUAAGUCUUUAAGACAGCGCAUGAUCAGCGAUUAGGUUCUUAUAUAAGCUUUCCGGACGUUAGAACCUACUAUCCCGUCGUAGAAACUAAGGACGUGGUGAUGGUUCCAAGUUCUAGUAUGUACGGCCGCGCGCUGCGAUGUCGAGGUCUGGUCGCUUCUGCUGCUCGACUUCCGGCAGUUGAUGUCCCUGGAGUCAACCACAAGAAUCGUAAAUGGCUCUGCACUGGUCCAGUUACUCGCAAUAACAGGACAAGCAUCUAUGGGAGUAAUACAGAAAAUUACAACCGUGAUUGUAACUACACGAGUUAUUCAAAUGACACCUUGCGCUCUACACAGAAAAUGUUCAAAAACAAUAGAAUAUUGCUCAAUAUUUUAAAUAAUAAUGGGCGGUGUAUUAUGCAUAACCAUUAUCGAUAUCUGAGCACCAUUGCUGGAAACACUGGCUUCACGAAACGGAGUUUCAGCAGCGAAGUCAGUGAAGAAACUCCGUUACUGAAGCAGCUAAAGGACCAGAUACGCAUGACAGGACCCAUCACCAUCCACCAGUACAUGCGCGCCAUGUUGACCCACCCUAAAGGCGGCUACUACAUGACGCGGGACAGGAUGGGUCAGGCUGGGGACUUCAUCACGUCCCCUGAGAUAUCGCAAAUGUUUGGCGAGCUGCUGGGGGUGUGGGUGUACAGCGAGUGGCACAGGAUGGGGCGGACGGCGCCGCUGCUGCUCGUCGAGCUCGGGCCUGGCAGAGGCACGCUCAUGCUGGACGUCUUGAGGAGUUUAGGGCGUCUAGGCGUGUCAGGCACGGCACUAGAGGUUCACCUCGUCGAGGUCUCCCCCCACUACCGCCUCCUACAGCAGCGCGCGCUCUGCCCCCAGCCUCAGGAUAACAAUCCGUCCUCCGAAGAGUUCCCAAGUAUCGGGGAAGAACCUCCAGUCUACUCCCCUCCGUCCCCCUUCCCCAGCUACACCCCGUCCGGUUCCGCGGUUUUCUGGCACGAAACUCUGGACUCCGUACCGUCCGGUUUUUCAAUGUUUUUGGCACAUGAAUUUUUCGACGUUCUUCCCAUCCACAAACUCGUCAAGACUGACGAUGGGGAAUGGCGGGAAGUGCUAAUUGAUAUCAACGGGGAUGUGGGCUAUGGUGGAUAUGGGAAAGCUGGGGAAUCAUCACACGACGUGGGGGAUGAUAGUGUUGAAUCAUCAAACGACGUGGGGAAUGAUAGUGUUGAAUCAUCAAACGACGUGGGGAAUGAUAGUGUUGAAUCAUCAAACGACGUGGGGAAUGAUAUUGUUGAAUCAUCUUCCGACGUGCAAAGUGAUAUUUCUGAAUCAUCGGCAGACGUUCUCGACAAUAAUUUAAAAGACAGUCAAGGAUCACUUACUGGUUCGAAGAUUAAAAACGAAAAUAAUGAAUCAGUUGAAAGUAUGAAGGUGAAUAACGAAGAUAAGAAGUCUGUUGACUAUAAUGAAAAUAAUGAUGAUUCAGUUAAGGGUAUUAAUGUUAAUGAAGACGAUGUUAACUCAUCGGUAGCAGAGUUACCGCUCCGCUACAUACUCUCCAGAGCUGCCACGCCGGCGUCUAAGCUCUACGCCCAGGACUUGGACGGCCGCGACACGGCGGAGGUCUGCCCUGACGCGGCGCUGGUAGUCAAGGCUGUAGCUGAGCGCAUCACUGCGAAGGGCGGCGCCCUUUUGGUGGUCGACUAUGGGCAUACAGGCACCCGGGGGGACACUUUCAGGGCCUUCCGAGCCCACCGGCAGCAGCACCCGCUGUGGGCGCCUGGUACCGCAGACCUCACCGCAGACGUGGACUUCUCGCUGCUGAAGAAGGCGCUACCGGAGACCGCCAUGUCUGUUGGCCCCGUCUCACAGGCCACGUUCCUCAAGAACCUGGGCAUUGAGCUCCGACUCAUGAAAUUACUACAAGGAGCCAAGUCUGUGGAAGAGCACCGGCAUCUUGUGUCCGGAUACCGACGCCUUGUGGAUGACCUUGGCAAGUCUUUUUCAGUUUUCGCCGUCUACCCAAAAGUCAUUGAGAAAAUUUUACAAAGGUAUCCGUCUCCGGGAUUCUGGAGACCAAUUGACCAGGGCUGGUCCCUCCAAGAAUCCGCAAAAAUCACAGAGAUUAAGAAGAAAAUGUUGGAGGCUGUUGACGAAAAUCAGGUAGAGCCUAAAAAGUAGACUAAUUUGUAGGAAUUCAAGGUAUGGGCAAACUUUGUUAUAAAUUUUAUUAUUUUAAAACUUUCAUGCUCUGUAUGAGACUUCAAACUUCUGUGUUGUUUCCAAUCCAAAAUCAACCUGUAUUUAUAUCAUGAAAUUAAUCGAUUAUGUAAAAUUUGUAGCAAACUCUUAUCUAACAUUUUAUUGGCAAUGAAGUGGGAAGAAUGUG